UCUUAGAACUUAGCAGACUUAGCUUCAAACCAAAACCCUCAGGGCCUAACCAUCUUCAUCCAAGAGCCCCUAAUUGGUGUUCGUUUCGUUGAUUCGCCCCCAACUUCAAUCAUUUAUAAUCCGAUCAAGUUCCGGCCGUCGUGUAUUUGACUGUCCGACGCCACUGCCACCCCUUUUGUCUUGGUGUUCCAUCUUCAUCACUGCUAUCUUCGUCUUCAUAAUGGGUUGCAGGAAGAAAGGAGUCCCAGAUUCCCAAAACGAGGUAGAGCCUUUUGACUUUUCAUAGCAAAGGGUUUAAUCUAUCUUUUGCGUUAAUCUUGGAGGGUUUCUGUUUGUUUCGUAUGUAUUUUUUUAACAAGAAAGAAGAGUUCCGUGCGAAUUUGCUUUGAUUUUAAAGUGGGUUUGUGUUCAUGGGGAGAUGGCAUGUUUCAUCUAAUGCUUCCAUUUUAGAUUGCAAUAAAGAUGUAGAUCCUAAUCCUAGUAAUGGCUGUUGCAUUGCUUCGGAUUGUUUGGUAGAGGGGAGUUAUGAAAAUGUUGAUUAUGAUGAUUGCAAGGCGAGAAUUAGAUGCUAUUUUGAGAAAAUUCUUCAGGUUUUUUUAAAGGAAAUUGGUCGUAGAGGAUUUGUUAGGCCACUGCCUGCGUUAAUAGGUGAAGGGGGAGCUUUGGAUUUGUUUGAACUGUUCUUGGUAGUAAGAGAUAAAGGAGGUUCUCAAGUGGUUUCAGAGAAGAAACUAUGGUCUUCAGUGGUUGUGGAAUUAGGUUUGGAUCUUGCGCUUUCGGCUUCGGUGAAAUUGAUUUAUUCCAAGUACUUAAGUGAUCUAGAGAAAUGGCUUAUGGUGAGAUGUGGAGACACAAAACUGGAAAAUGGGAGCUCUGAUUAUUGCUACAAGAAAAGUUCUCCAUUUUUGUCGGAACUCGGGGCAAAGAUUAACGGUAUGUUGUAUGGUGUGCCGAGACAAAAUAGCAUAUAUGAUGAAUGUUUUGGAUUCAAAACUAACAAACAGAAUGGGAACGUUAAUGUUGCUGCUGCUGCUGCAGUGGAGAAGGAAAUAAACUUCCCUGAAAUAAAGAAGAAAGAGCACGAUCUCCAUGGGGAUGUUACACCAAUUCAACAAGAUUGUACAGAGAUGCAUCCAAUCCAUGUUAUUGAAGCUGAAAUAGAAUCUCUUGGGAAAUAUCGAGAAUCGUUAUUACGAAUGCUGAAGUGGGUGAGAAAGACUGCGAAGCAUCCUGAAGAUCCAUUAAAUGGUACAAUACCGGGGGCAUCCAGGUGGAAAGGUUACCCGAGCGACGAUGCAUUAUGGCUUCAAGUAAUCAGGGCAAAGGAUGCUCUUCUAAUUAGGAAGGGUGUUGACAAAGUCGCUGAGAAACGUCUGUUAAUACAGGUAUUACGAUCUUUGGCUUUCUUUUUCAGGAUAGAGUCUUCUGAUCAUAAUCAGCGCCCUUUUCUUUCAUAUAUAGAACGGGAAAGUUACCUCCUGCUAUUAGAACCUUGGGUCUCCAUCAUCAUAAGCAAGCAGCAUACGACUACUGUCUCCCUGUCUUGCGUCCUAUGUGAUAACACGAUGGACACAAAGAAAGUAAAGAUGCAUCCAUCCAUUUAUGAGGAUAAUAUUGAUAACCAUCACCUCUCUACAGAAAGGAUAAGUUGCAGCAAAAGAUCUAAAGCUUCGACCGAGUCCGUACUCGCCCCGUGUUCUAUAUCUUGUCCAACCGUUCGAAGUAAUUGUAUUAGUAGUCUAACAACAGAAGUUGGAAAGGGACUCAAGAAUCAAGCAGUUUUGAAUGGUGAUAUACCAUCUGAAAUGGAAGACGAUCAUCCGAAUGAAAAUUCAGCUGAGGAGACGGUUCCCGUGGGUGUUUUAUGUCAAGCAGAUUUACCUGAAUGGACUGGUAAUAUUUCCGAUAGUGACUCUAAAUGGCUAGGGACACGGUCGUGGCCUCUUCAACACAGACAUAGUCAUUCCAUACGUGAUAGACGCGCCAUUGGCAGAGGGAGACCGGAUUCAUGUGGCUGCCAAUUUCCAGGUUCGGUUGAAUGUUUUAGAUUUCACAUAGCUGAAGCAAGGAUGAGAUUAAAGCUCGAGCUUGGCUCGACAUUCUUUGCAUGGAGAUUUCAUCAAAUGGGGGAGGAAAUAUCUCUGCAAUGGACAGCUGAAGAGGAAAAGAGAUUUAAGGAGUUGGCUAUGUCAAGUUUCAACAAUCAUAAUCGGUGCUUUUGGGACUAUUCCUUGAGAUGGUUUCCAAUGAAAUCAAGGAAAAAUCUGAUAAGCUAUUACUUCAAUGUGUUUCUUUUACGGCUGAGAAGCUAUCAGAAUCGCGUAACUCCGAAUAGCAUCGAUAGCGACGAUGAAGAUUUUGAGUUCGGUCGUGUUAGUGGUGGGUUUGGGGACAAGGCAAUGGAAAUUUUAGGCUCAAAGUCUUUAGAAUGUUCUAUAAACAGACAGGUCACAGAUGUGGAGUAGUCUAAAACUGGAGCAGAAUCUGAAGUAUCCAAAAAAGAGGGAAAGGAACGCAAUUUUGACGAGAACUCGAGUUACGUUUUAGCUAUACAACACCGAUAUCGGUACUUUAGGGUACUAGGUAUUAUAUUUUUUGGGGAGGAUCUGUAUGGUAUCGGCUGGUGAGAAAUAUGAGGAUCAAAGAUGGCCAUUGCUACAUUUGUUUGUUCUGAAUUUGUGUUGUGUGGAACUCAAUCUGAUAGUUCUUGGUUUUGUAUUUGGAGUUUGGUUUUAAUCAUUCCAAGGGGCUCUGAUAAGAAAGCUUGAGAAUAGCUCACCAGACACGUUUAUGUCGGUGAUUCGUGGAAAAUUUUGUCAUGUUUUUAAAUUAUUUGUCGAGCUAACGUGUUUGUAAAUAUAAUGAUUGAAUCAUCGUUGUCGCCUAUUAUAAGAAGGCCUAGAAUUUUUUGUUUA